CAUUCAUCACGUAGUCCUUCCUUUACAUUCCGAAGUCCGAUUUUUCCGACAGCACUUUAAAGCAGCAUACGUUGGAAGUUAAGCGGCACCCAGUCGCUCAGAGCAAACCAGCAAACUAACCUGCGGAGUAAACAAAGCAAAAGUAAACAAAUAUGAAACGUCCCGGAAAUGUAAUAACAGCGUUUCUAACAACAUGUACUCUUCUGCUUUGCCUGUGUUCAGUCAGAGGCGACUACUGUGAGGUGAAUCUUUGCCACAAUGGAGGAACAUGUGUGACAGGUGUAGGAGAGGAUCCCUUCAUCUGCAUCUGUGCGGAUGGCUUUGGCGGAGACACCUGCAACCUGACAGAGACAGGACCCUGCAGCCCUAACCCCUGUAAAAACGAUGGGGUGUGUGAGGUCAUCACUCCGACCCGACGAGGAGAUGUUUUCAACGAGUACAUCUGCAAGUGCCAGCCCAGCUUCGAGGGAGCGCACUGCCAGAUCAAUGUGAAUGACUGUGCCAGCCAGCCUUGUAAGAAUGGAGGGGCAUGCAGAGAUCUUGACGGAGACUACACCUGCCAGUGCACCUCACCAUAUGUUGGAAAGCAGUGUCAGCUACGUUGCAUUUCUCUGCUAGGGAUGGAGGGAGGCGCGAUAGUGGAGUCCCAGAUUUCUGCUUCCUCUGUGCACUACGGCAUUCUGGGUCUCCAGCGCUGGGGCCCGGAAUUGGCUCGGCUCAACAACCAAGGCAUCGUCAACGCCUGGACAUCAGCCGCCCACGACAGGAACCCCUGGAUCGAGAUUAAUAUGCAGAAGAAGAUGCGUCUCACGGGCAUCAUCACUCAGGGUGCCAGUCGCAUGGGCACGGCUGAGUACAUCAAGGCCUUCAAGGUGGCGAGCAGCUUUGAUGGAAACACUUACAGCACUUACAAAGGGGAUGGCCAACGGAUGGACAAGGUUUUUGUUGGCAACAUAGAUAACGACAGCACAAAGACCAACCUUUUUGACCCUCCAAUCGUGGCCCAGUACAUCCGCAUCAUCCCUGUGGUUUGCCGCAGGGCCUGCACACUGCGCAUGGAGCUGGUGGGCUGUGAACUCAAUGUUUAUUCAAACACGGCAGGUUGCUCAGAGCCUCUUGGGAUGAAGUCUCGCCUCAUCUCAGACGGGCAGCUUUCAGCCUCCAGCUCUUUCCGCACGUGGGGCAUUGAUACCUUCACGUGGCACCCUCAGUUUGCCCGACUGGACAAGCAGGGAAAGACAAACGCCUGGUCUCCUGCCCACAACAACCGUUCAGAAUGGAUCCAGGUCGAUCUAGAGAAGACAAAGCGCCUCACGGGCAUCAUCACUCAGGGGGCGAGGGACUUUGGGGUGGUGCAGUUUGUGUCAGUGUUUAAAGUUGCUUACAGUAACGAUGAAGAGUCGUGGAGUAUGGUGAAGGACGAGAACACUGGCAAUGAUAAGCUUUUCCAAGGCAACAUUGACAACAACACCCAUAAGAAGAAUCUAUUUGAGCCUCCGUUCUACGCCCGAUAUGUUCGAGUCGUCCCCUGGGAGUGGCACGAGCGCAUCGCUCUACGCAUGGAGCUGCUGGGCUGUGACGACUAGAAACUCAUCAACAACCUUUUAUCGAUGCUCCAUCCUCAUCCACCUGCUCCAUCUCCUCAGACCGCAGCGGAGAAUGGCUCUCGAACAAAAUCGUCUGUUUUGUAUUCCAUGGAGAUCGUGUUAGCUUGGACUUUAACACUUGUAGCACUUUCUGACUAGAGAUCUUUUUAUGUUUAUGUUAAUAAAAUUGUUUGACAUUGCAGCUUGUAAAUGUAGCUCAUGGAGAGUCCUCUAUUGUUUCGACACACAGAAUUUGCACAGAUUUGCUCUUAGUCUCUAUUAUUUGUUCAUUCUCAGAAUCCAAAUUGAUUGAUUGAAAUCUGCAGACUUGAUAAUAGUGUUCCUCACCUCUUCAGUUGUACUCCAAGCUAACCUACUUUUGCAGCCCCACACCAGGAAAUAAUCCUGUUACUUUUUUUGUAGUUUUAACAGUCUGCAGAGGACACAUCCUCACUAGCAUACUCACUGUAUCUCACUAUGUCUAUUAUCCAACUGCUGUUUUGUUACUCUAGCACAAAACAGAAUAAUAACACAGGACAUGUGCAAUAUAUUGUAUAUUUUGGCAUUUCCAAUUGUCUGGGAAGAGAAAAUAUGUCCAGGAGUAGAAAAUUUAAAUUUUCAAAUUGGAUCUGCAGCACACUUAUUGUGUCAAUCAAAUGAUUGAAAGAAAAAAUGUAGGGAUUUUUGCAUUAAAUUUUUCAUGUGAUAUCUGUUUUUUACCCAUUUUAACAGGUUUGUCUGCUUCAUUCUUGCAUAUAAUUUCAUUAUAAUUUAAUCCUUUUUACAACAAAUGUGAAAUAU